CGGAAGGAUAAAGAAAAAUAAAACAUGUGGUAAACAAGAAUCCAGUGUGUUUAUCGGCAUAAUCGAAUACAAAAACACGUUGUGUGUUUAAAAAUACUUGUAAAUCAAAUUAAAUUCAGACGCAAUCUUUCGGGCCAUACGUUACCAACAGUUCAUAUAGUUUUAGAAUGCAGCAACUCAAGGUAAAAAAGCGCACCGCACCAAAAACCUUAUCGGAGAAAAUUCACGAACAGUUAGCACCACGAGCGGUCAAAGACGCCGACGAUUCCGGAGAUGAAGAUACUCGACCGCGCUUCAGCGAGUUUGAUGAGAAUGAUGUCGAGCUGGAGCGGGUAGCCACCGGCGAGUUAAGCGAUUUCCGAAAGCGCAAUGUUGCCCAAUUAGAUUCCGUCAAUAGCAAAUACCAAGGGCUGAUUUCGUCACGUAAAGAAGUAUUCGGUGACUCGGAGGAUACAGAUGAUUCGGACGACGACGAUUCGGAGCAGAACAGUCAUCAGCAACCGGGUGCAUUUGUACGGUUGAACCCUCACUCAGAAUCGGAUGAGGAAAUGUCCCAGUCAGACGAAGAAGAAGGAUCUUUUAGCGACGAGGAUAAUUUUGAUGACGAAAAUGAUUUUUCACUGAGUGAUCUUGCUGGGAAUAACAACGGUCAUGUUCAACAGUUUUUGAAAAACGAAAACCAACAGGAGUCUGUUCAAAAAGGCGUAUGUGUACAAAAUCAGCUGAAGCUAUGGGAACGCCUGCUGGAGAUACGAAUAAAGUUGCAGCCUAGUCUAAUCACCGCCAAUUCUUUCCCACGGGAAGCAAAAUUUACUCGUCUAUCUGAAGAUGCUAAAUUUAAGGAAACAUCUGAAAAGCUAGUGAAAACUGUCGAGUCUACAUUGCAAAACUUACUUGAGUUACAGGAGGUUUUAUCUCAGCGUUUUCCGGAAUCUAAAAAUAUUCUGAAAAGUGGAGUGAAACGCAAGCUGAAGAGUAGCGCCCCGGGUUUGAAUGAUAGAAAACUUAGGCUUAGUAACUAUGAAUCUGCAAUCAGCGAAAACUUUUCCAAUCAGAAGCAAUACCGGAACGAUGUAAUUCAAAAAUGGCAUGAUCGUACCAAGGCUUCUGGUAACAUCAAGAACGCUCAACAGUCGUUGGACAUUACAAAGAAAAUCGACAACGCUCUGUUAGCCAAAGAUGAACUGAUUCAAAAAACUCAACUUUACCGAGGCGGCUUUGAGUUGUUUGAUAAACCCGCAACUCAGCAGCAGAGUGAAAGCGAUGGACAAGAUGAGCCGGAACCGAUCUACGACGGGGAGAUUUUUGAUGAUUCGGACUUUUAUCAUGCUUUGUUACGGGAGUUGAUCGAGUACAAAUCUAACACGACGGAGAACCCCCAGGAAAUAAGCGCGAAAUUGUCAGAACUGCAAAAGUUGCGAAGCAAAAUGAAGAAACAAGUGGACACGCGGGCUUCCAAGGGACGAAAAAUCAGGUAUGUGGUUCACAAGAAGCUAGUUAACUUCACUGCCCCCGAAGACAAUCACCAGUGGACAGAUGAAGCUAAGGACGAAUUAUUUGCUUCCCUGUUUGGAGGACCAAAUGGUGCUCAACAGGAUGAGUGAAACUGAUCAAUGUAAACUUGUUAAACGGAGCUUUUAUUGCAGUUGUAACCAGAAACAAUAAAAGUACAUUGUUGUAUUUGAAAAAUUUUCUCUUACCAAGUUGUAGU